CUUCCCGCUGCAAAGGCCUUCAUAAACUCUCCCACAGGCCCAAAGACCACCCACUUCUGGGGUCCUGUCGCCAACUGGGGGUUUGUCCUUGCGGGUCUCUCUGACUCCCAGAAGUCACCAUCGGUCAUAUCCCCCAACAUGACAGGAGUGAUGUGCGUGUAUAGCGCUCUGUUCAUGCGCUUUGCCUGGGCUAUCAAUCCUCGGAAUUACCUUCUCAUGGCUUGCCACGCUGCCAAUGAGACCGUGCAGCUCAAUCAGCUAAGGAGGUGGUACGACUGGUCAUCAGCCCAG